AUGACAGACUUUGCGGAUGACAUCAAGGAUGCCUCGAAUUUGGCAGAUGACUCCUAUCAUGAUACACAGAAGGCAGAGAUGGAGGAUCAGAAUGAGGUCUUUAAGAGAGGUGAUGGCCAGGUCGACUUUCGUACUGUAAGCUGGAUUCGGGCAGGCGUGAUCUUUUUGAAAAUCAUCUUCGCUACUGGUGUACUUUCCAUUCCAUCCUUAAUGUAUGAACUGGGAGCUCUCCCGGGUGCGCUCAAUGUUAUAGGUUGGACACUUCUCAACACAUACUGCGCUAUUGUGCAGGGCAAUUUUCGCAAUGCCCACCCAGGCUGCCACUCCAUCGCCGAUAUGGCGCAUGUUGUGGGGGGUCCGCUCCUGAAGGAAGUGGUCGGGUUUUUGUUUACGGUCAGCUAUGUUAUUGUCGCUGCGUCUGGUAUCAUCGGUGUCUCCACCGCGCUCAAUGCCUUGUCGUUGCAUGCCAUUUGCACGGUCUGGUUCUCCUUUAUUGGCACAAUCGUCAUUGCUGCCUGUGCGAGUGUGCGCAAGUUUUCGCACAUUGGCUGGCUCACUUGGGCCGGAUUUGCUAGCGUCUAUAUUGCUGUCUUCAUCAUUGUUAUCGGCGUGACCACGAGAGAUCGCCCUGCUGCUGCGCCCCAGACGGGCGAUUUUGACCUGGGAUACAGGGUCAUUGGCGACCCGAGCUUCACGACUGGUAUCACCGCCGCCGCGACCAUCUUCGUCUCUAGCGCUGCAACCUCCGCAUUUCUCCCCGUCAUCUCGGAGAUGCGCAAGCCCAAGGACUACCCCAAAGCAGUCUACCUCAGCAUGAGUCUUGUGACUGCAUCGUACCUCACAUUCAGUCUUGUCAUAUAUGCCUGGUGUGGUAAAUGGAUCGCAUCGCCCUCACUCGGUAGCGCCGGUACCACGGUCAAGCGAGUAGCGUAUGGUGUUGCUCUGCCUGGUCUCAUUAUUAGCGGGUGUUUGUAUGUGCAUGUCGCGGCGAAAUAUUUGUUUGUACGAAUCUUACGUACCUCGCGUCAUCUGCAGGCUAAUACCGCCGUGCAUUGGGGCACCUGGCUGGGCUGCACAACCAGCAUGGCAGCCAUUUCCUUCAUCCUUGCAUGCGCCAUCCCUAUCUUCAAUUACGUGCUCGCUCUCGUGGGCGCACUUUGUUUCGCACCUCUGGCAAUUAGUUUGCCUGGUUGGCUAUGGCUGUACAGUCAUGCUGAUUACUGGAAGGGCUCUUUGUUGCGCAAGAUAAUGUAUGGAUUCCAUGUUUUUCUGAUCUUUUUGGGGGCGUUCAUGGCGGUCGGGGGUACCUAUGGGGUCAUUGUCCAGAUCAACGAGGCCUAUCGCGAUGGACAGAUUUCUGGCGCGUUUUCUUGUGCAGACAACAGCGGGUCAACUUGA